AUGAAGCUCAACACAGUUAAUCUUAUAAAAAAUGCUUUCUUGUUUUCAAUUCCGGUUUUGGGAUUGAUCCCUUUGGAGAUUAAAGGAAAAAGGUUUAUUAGACCUUCAGUUAAAUCAGGGGAAGAAGGUGAAGUAUUUUUCAUCAAGGGGGUUGAUUAUCAACCUGGUGGAUCUUCUGCAUAUACAGGAGAUAUUGGUGAUGGAGAUGUGCUAUCAGAUCCAGAUAAAUGUUGGAGAGAUGUUUAUUCAUUGCAGCAAUUGGGAGUCAAUACUAUUAGAGUUUACUCGCUACAUCCCGAAUUGAACCACGAUGAAUGUAUGACGAUUUUGAAUAAUGCUGGGAUUUAUGUCAUAUUAGAUGUCAAUUCAGCGUUAGAUGGAGAGUCAUUGAACAGAGAUAAUCCAUCAUCCAGUUACAAUGCUAAUUACUUGACAAGAGUGUUUAAAUUCAUUGAAGCAUUUAAGGGGUUUCCCAAUUUACUAGGAUUCUUUGCUGGAAAUGAGAUUAUCAACGAUGAAGAUUCAGCUAGUUUAAAUCCACCAUAUAUUAGAGCGCUUCAAAGAGAUAUGAAGGAAUACAUCUCUAAACACAGCAACAGAACUAUUCCGGUUGGAUACUCGGCAGCUGAUGAUAGUUCAUUAAGAUCAGCUACAUUUAAAUAUUUACAAUGCGAUAGUACAGAAGAUGGAGAGAUUGACUCUAAAUCCGAUUUCUUUGGGCUAAACUCGUACGAAUGGUGUUCAGGAGAAAGUAACUGGAAAUCGUCAGGAUAUGAAAAGGUGAAUGAGACAUUUAAGGAUGCAGUGAUUCCAGUUUUCUUUUCAGAAUAUGGAUGCAAUGCAUUUAGACCAAGGACUUUUGAUGAAAUCUCUGGAGGGGUAUUUGGUGGAUUAAUCAACACAUUUUCGGGAGGAUUGAUCUACGAAUAUAGCGAGGAGUCUAAUAGAUAUGGAGUAGUCAAUAUUGAUGAUGACGAUGAAUCGAUCGCAUAUACAGAUGAAUUUGAUAAUUUACAAGGAGAACAUGAAAAAGUUGAGAACAUUUCAGCCAACUGGGGUGAAAAUGAUGUUCAAGACAGUGAAGAAUAUGAGUGUGAUGCAGAUAAGAUCCUUGGAAUUUACUCAUCAUUCAAUUCUAAUUUCACGCUCCCAGAACAGCCAGAGGAAAUCACUGAAUUGAUUGAAAAUGGAGUUGAAAAUAAUAACACAGGAAAGAUCAUUGAAAACUUGGAAAUCAAGGUUACCAACCAUACAAUAAAGGAUUCAGAUGGAAAGGAAAUCACUAACAAGGAAAUAGAAUUUGUGAGUGUGAAUUUGGUGAAUAGCGUUGGACAAAGUGUCACAGUUGUGAGCAGAACUGCUUCUGCUAGCAGUAGUCUGGAGACUGGCCAAAGCUCUGAAACCUUGACAUCGAGUUCUUCAGAUGGUGGAAACAAUAUGGUGAGUAUUUCUUCACUUUCUUCAAUGGGAUUGUUGGGAGUUGUUACAAUAGUUUUAUCGUUUAUAUUUUAG